AUGUCUAACAAUACAACUUGCUUUCCACUGAAUAACAUUUCAAGCCCUUGUGCGUCGACGAACGAAAGCAAAAAUCGUAUUCCUUACGCUCAUGCUGCGAUUCUUUCGAGUACUAUCAUUAUCGCUAUAUUGUCGCCAAUUGCGGUGGCUGGUAAUUCAUUGGUUUUAGCAGCAAUAUGGAAGCGCUCUUUUCAAAGAUCGCCGUUUCAUGUCCUUCUGAGUGGGAUGGUUGUAACUGACCUUUGCACGGGACUCAUUGCCCAGCCGUUCAUUGUCGCAACUAAUUUACUGUACCUGACAAAACCAACAUUCGUGAUAAAGCAGCCAGGGUUUUUCCUCGCCAUUAAAACAACUGGAGACGCAAGUGCCACAUAUUCGAUAGCCUUCAACUUGUUAAUCAUAACACUCAUGUCUGUUGAGCGAUGGCUUCAUAUGUCUCGCCGAUCCUUGGUGACAUCCCGUCGAGCACGUUUUACCGCCGUAACCUGUUUUCUUCUGCCAAUUCCAGCAGUUGUGUUUCGUUCCAUGGAAACUCUUAACCCAGGAACAGGUCAGCGACUGUUAAACAUGACGAUUGUUGUGUCCAUGAUUGUUUGUUUUCUAAUCACAUUUGUUUCUUAUGUUAACGUUUUUCGUCUCAUUCUACGCCACCAACAACAGAUUCAAGUCACUGAAAACUUUGGUCAACCGGCAAUAAACCUAGCAAAGUACAAAAAAUCCGUGUUCACCAUCUUGAUAAUUCUGGCCUUCUAUUGCAUUUGUUUCCUUCCUAUUAUUUUCUCACUUUCAAUCCAUUUUCAAGUCGGUGAUAGUUCUAAAAUGGCAUUGGCUACAAGUGUAUCGUUCGUGUUCUUAUUUUUAUCUCCUUCGUUAAGUCCAAUCCUGUACUUAUGUAGAAUGAAUGAUGUUCGUGCUGGGGUAAAAAUAUUACUUUCGUUUGGUAGGGGAUAAUGCCAGGUCUAACUUUGACUCAGUAGUCAAAAGAAGAGUCAUAAUUCGGGUUAACCUGUGUGGAAGUACAAAUACAAACCAGGUGAAUGUUAAUCUGGUACAAAGUUCUUGUACAUUAAGUUUCGAGAUUAAAGAGACACUUUUUGAAAAUUUUCAGAGUAUAAAAGAAUUUGUUGGAUGAGGCUGUCUCAAUGUGAUCCUAAAAUCUUGCAAUCUAAGGAGGGUGUUAAUUCUUGGAAGUUGUCAGGAAAUGCAUUUAUCUAUACAUCCAGUUGUGAGCAAUUAGAUAGGUGAUUUAAUCAGUAAGAAAAGGGGAAGUAUUUUUAAUGAACAAUAAUGACCGCAAAUAAAAUUGCACUUUAAUAGUCUAGUUUUAAAUUAUUAAAAUGAUAUUUAAUUCUCCAAAGUAAAAGUUAUAGAGGAUAUUACAUGGCCGCUUGGGGAUACGAAUUUUAUCUUCUCGUGCUGAAAGUAUCUCUCACGAGUGAGCGAAGCUCUGUUUAUUUUAUAGAUACUGAUGAAAUUCCUACAUAAAACACAACUUCUUUUGUAUUCAUUUUCGAAACAGCAAAAUAGUGCAAUUAAAGUGGUCACCUAUCGCAAAAUGCCUAUUACAAAAAUGUUUUGAAACUCGGAUAUAAAGUUAUAAAGGAGAAAUGAAGACAACAAUACUUAGUAACCUGAGCGGGAAGCCCUCUUGUAAUUGGCUAAUCAUGUUAGUAACCAUGGCGACACCAAUAUCCUCACACGUGAAAGAUAAAAAUAGUAUCUUCACUGCGCGAGAUGAAGAUAUGAUUUUUUAGUGAAAGGAAAAAUCGUGGUAUCGGGGUAUUUUAUCAGUAUCUAUAUAAUAAAGUCUGACACGUAGGCAUAAACAAUGCAGUGAUCAUUUCCUAACACCCUAAUGCUUGUCGCCCUUCAAGCCAAGGGCGGAAACCGAUCCGCAUAAGAACGGCAAGAUGUGCCACCAGAAAACUAAACCGUUAAUUUCAACUUAAGGUACGUGAAAGGUACACAAGCUUGAUUGAUUCGAAUUCGUGGAAAAGAGUGGUUCACACUGAGAGCAUGCCUAUGUAUUCGUGAUAUUGAGCGAUGAAAGUUCAGUGACAAAAGUUCCAUUACCGUCGAUCUAGUUUUCCGAGGCUUUUCUUGGUGGUUUAGAUGGGAAACUCUAAGGCCGAAAUACUCCACUUGGGCAUGGAGACAAAUUUCAAGUUUCCUAAUUGACCUUUACAUGAGCCUGUCUUAUUAUAAAUGGGGAUGUGUUUUUCUUUGUCCAGGAAAGACUCGUCAAUUUUGUUUCUCUGAAAAGAAAAAGUUGCAAGAAAACGCAUGUAAAUGGGCAGUUUUAAACGUUUUUGGUUAAGCCUUGUUCUGCGUAAGUGGGAACACCUUUUUACCUUGUCAAGAAAAAAAUUGUCAAGUUUUUCAUAUUAAUCAAGCAAUUUUCCCUGAAAGUAAAAACAAAAAAAUCUUGCUUGUGAAAACGAAGCUUAAAAUUAAUGACGGGUCAACUCGAGGUUAGUCACAAAAUCUGUCUUAAAACUAUGCAUGAUGAACACAUUCUGGGGUUUUCAUACUCGUCACCAACAUUCAAACUUAUCGAUUCUUCCGAGUUUCUUCUUUCAUGAGUUAUACAGUGGCUAAACACUUUCUUUAUUCAUACAAAAUUUUUUGUUCGAAAGGGCUCUUCAUUUUGCGCGAGAGGGCGCUUGAAUUUUCAAGCUUUUUGUGUGACGCGGUAUUUGUCUGGCGGCCAGGAAAGCUCUUAAUGUGGGUUGAAAAAGUUAGCAAUUUUUAGAGCUUUUGGUAUCUUAACAUUCCUUGUCUCAGAAUAAAUGUUACUUUUAUCUUUAUGAGUUCAUCAAGCGAUGAAUUCACGCAUUUGUAGGAAAACUCUAAGACAGCUGAUUCUGUUGGUUUUCGGCGGCCAUAUUUGUGCCCCUCAAAAGAGGCACCAACAUGGCGUCUCCAUACAAAGCCUUAUAUAUUUGAGUAAAACGUUUUUCCAAAUAUCUUGCACAAAUGUCGCACAACAACAACAACCUUAUUUCAUUUCAAAACCCUUGUUACACAAUAAAAUAAAACACAACCCGCAAGUAGCAAAGGUUCUCGAGGCGGGUUGUGUAAACAUACAUGUAAAUAAAUAAAUAAUAAAUUAAUUAAGGUGGCUCGAUACAGUUUUUCAGGGCCAAUAGCUCCCAAGUUUGAGCAUAAACUACGUCGCCAUAAACAAAGUUUUGGAAUAAUUGCCACCACAGUUGUAUUAGAUUAAGAUGAAAAUUUGUUUUGAUCAGGCUUGCAAUGACAUCGGAGUUGUCAUAGCAAAGAAAUGACGCUAUUACCAAUUUUACUUACAGCAGUAUAUCUCGGUGUUGGGAACUCUUCUUCCAAAAUCAUUUACGGAAGCUUUUACCUCCAAUAGCCGCCUCGAUGUUCGUGGAGUUUAAGCGAAAUCUUUAAGAGCGUUAUCGAGAUAUUUUGGGAUAAAGAUUUUGUAGUAUCAAUAGUAGUAAUAUAUAGAUUUAGCCAGGGCUAAAAGCGAAGCUCUCGAUAAUAUUUAUAUUUUGUUCAAACAAAACAUAAAAUUGUGUAAUACCAGCCCGUGCACCAAAAGUCUGGUUAAAAGCCUGGUGAGCCUGGUAAACCCUGGUUGGCGAAGGCAACGCCGGAGAACGGUGUAAAACAACAAUACGUCUUAUUAGCAAAAUAGGAACUUUGCACUUUUCUUUUGCACGACUGCAACGUGAAACUUCCAGAAACUUCUUAGUUAACGUUUUAUGGACUGAAAUUAAUUAAUGUCCUACGUUUCCCCGUUCACUUUUUUUUCACUGCCGCUCACUUUCACCUUGCAUUGGUAGCUGCUAGCAUUUCUCAUUUUGCCACCACCGCUACAAAAUUGUCAUGUUGUUUUUCAACAAAAAAAUGUCUCGCUCUAGAUCUCUGUCGCCCUUUAUCACGUUGAGCUUCGCUGGCCUGCCGCCGACUUUCUCUUUUUCUCUGUCUUUCUCUUGCUCCAUAUUACAAAUAUGUGGACAUGACAAUUAAUCUAAACUUAAUACUUUAGAAAACACGGAUACAGAAUCAAUUUCCGCUUUCCGUUUUCGUAUUUAUUGACUCUUUAAUUGUUUCUGCUUCACAAGAGGCGAGUGGUUAUGCGAUUUCCCGUCAAAAUAACCUCGAGUUACAUUUGGGGUUGCCAUACCUGUUGAAUGAGUUAUUUAACAUUGGUAUGCCUGUGGUACGGACGGACGGUCGGGCGGUCGCUGUACGGUCACGUGAUUACCAAAUUUUCUCGGAUCUUGUUAGCGGUUUUUUAAAAUUUUAGUCUACUUUAACAAAUUAGCAAAUAUUUUUUAAACCGCUCGAUAGAUUUUUUUACAAAUUUAAGAUUCUUGAGAUUAACCUUCCUUUUAUAUGACCUUUUAGUUUCAAGGUUAUUGAUAUAUUGUAAGGCAGUAAAAUACCCUUACAAGGGUUUAAAAAUAAUGAAAUGUCGUAACACCAUGACCCCAAAAGGUGGUCGGGGUCGCUUACGACGCAGGUGUUCAAACAUCAUGGGGUUCGACUAUAUUAAGCAUAUUUUUUUUUUCUUUGGUAAAUCUCGGUAAUUGAAAAAAUCUAAGGAGUCAUGCACUAUUAUCACUUAAAAAAUUAAUUACUCGACGUGUGAUUAUACCGAGAGCAUGAAGUUGUGGUUUCUGAGCAAGAGCAAGUCUUCUCGUUACAGUGAUCAUUAAAUUUAUAUAAUUAUAAUGUUGGCAGUUCGUGUAAGAUAUUCAGUAAUUAGUUUUAUUAUCUGUCUUUGAACGUGCAAUAUCUUUUUAAUGAAGUUUUUCUUUAGGGUAAUCUACUUGUGAAUAUUAGUUUGUACCAUUUCCUUGAAAAUUACAAUUACCCACAUCAAGCAAAGUCAGUUGAAUUCAUUAAGCCAGCCAAUAUCAUCAACUGAACAAAGAAUCAAACAAACCUAGAAUUGCAAAUAUCAAUUUGUGGAAUUAAAAAGCAGGAUUUGUUUUGUUGCAUUGUAACCUGCUCUUUCUCUCAAUAUGAAAGGGGUGGUCCUUUAUUUUCUUUUUCUUUCCUUUCUUAGGACAUAAUUAAUAGAUUCGAAUGGUUAUGAAACCCUUCAUACUCCUUUGUUAUACGGUUUUUUAUAAGCAUUUCUACCAUUCUGAUCGUAUUGACCAAUAAAAAUGUCGCAUUAAUUUAUUCCAUCGCAAACAAAGGAUUGCGCACGGUCAGGGAGCUUCCAACAUAAACUGCAUCACUGUUGUUUUUACAUUUGAUGUUUGUUGUCUUUCAUAACUAGUCUCCUCUAAUAACUAUGCUGCAUUUACUCUUUGAGCCUUUGUGCCUACCUUUGCUUAUUUCUUUUUUCAAAAGAGUUCUGCUUCUCAUAUUAAUCUUUAGUCAGAGGCUUCCGUAUCCGUCAAAUCCAUCAACCAAAAGAUAAGCUGUUUUUUUAUUGAAAAGGAAAUUCAGUUACAACUGCCUGCGGGAGUACAACGUGUAAUAUAUUUCUCUACGCCGUUUUAAGGAAGAAAAUAUGUACUCGACCCCCAAGGGGCAUGGCCAAGUGCAUGCAAUGGCAGCAUCAACCAACACCACUGCUUCCAAUUAAUAAUAAGGUAGUCUGUGUGUGUGUGCUUUUUUUUUCCUAAUUAAUUUUGUCUUUUGUUAAAAGGAGAUGACACACAAUUCAGGUAGAAUAAAAUAAGAAGAAACGGAUUGUCAGUAAAGUAAAUGUCAAAUCUGUCUUCUCUUUUUAUAAUAGACGCUAUGUGUACAAAUUUUUUGUAUUGUUGGAAUUGAAUACUAACCAUUCAAUCAAGUGCUUAAAAAAGAAAGAUAAAUUUAGAUUGCGUUUUCUCAGUUUUAGCUAUCGCGCUAAGGCUUUCUUCGCAAUGAAUGAGUACAAAGCAAAGGCUAUAUUGGUGCUUUUCCUGCAGCUGCCAAGUCACGGAUUUAUCAUUAACCCUUAAAUGAACAUAACUUGAUAAUGCUGAUAAUGAACAAAAAAGAGAAGAUUGCAUUUGGUCCUUUAUUUUUAGCUGAAAAAACAAGGGUACGACCAACAGCACAUCAUCUGGAGGGAAACUUACAGUCGUAACUGCAGUUCAGAAGAAAAAUGCGGAAAAGCAGCUUUUACAUGGACACCUUUUCCUACUCCAUCAUUAUCGCUGUUAUAUGUCCAGUUGCAGUGGUCGGAAAUGCUUUGAUUUUAGCUGCGAUUUGGAAAAAGACAUUUAAAAAAACUCCUUUCCAUCUUCUUCUGAGUGCAUUAGCAAUCACUGAUUUGUGUACGGGAGUAAUAGCCCAACCUCUUACUGUUGCAGCCAAUCUUUUGCAAAUUGCAUCGGACUGCAAAUCAUAUUCACAUUGCAGAAACAGGCAAAUGAUUAUUGAAGUAAUUGAUGCACUUAGUAAUACCAGUGCCACGUAUUUCUUUUCUGUCACAGCCCUUUUUACAUCACUAAUGGCAGUUGAGAGAUGGUUACACAUGACAAGGCGAUCCAAGUUGACAUCACGUCGUAGAUACAUUGUAGUUAUAGCGAUCGUGAUCCUUCCAUUACCCAAAGCCAUUUUUCGUUCCCUAGAAUCCGUGGAAGGACGUCCUACACGUUCAUCGAAUAUUGCAAUCAUAGCUUUGGGAAUGGUUUGUUUCUUAACCACAUUUGUUGCUUAUUUUCAAGUUCUUCGAAUCAUUCGACGCCAUCGACAACGCGUUCAUAGAAGCUUGCGGACUGGCAAUUUUGGUCCAUCAGCAAUAAACCUGGCGAAGUAUGAGAAAUCUGUGGUGACGAUCUUAUAUAUCGCAGGUUUAUUUUACUUCUGUUUCUUCCCAUAUAUUGUAACUAUUAGUGUGUUUGUUUGCUUUGGAAAUGAUGAUUCACGAGAAUUAUCUGUAGCCUUGCACAUCACCACAGUGUUUCUGUUCGCAUCAUCUUCACUCAACCCACUCCUUUACCUAUGGAGAAUGAACGAUGUUCGUACGGGAGUAAAGCGCUUAUUUUUUCGCGGACUCGAAUAG